CAAUGACGACAGCUUCUCCAACCUUAACAAACCGAUAAGAUCGGUCUUCGACCCCGAACGCAUUUCAAACUCAAAGAUGAAUCAUUCAUUUCUAAAGAUCGUUGUUGAAUCCGUAUAGUAUUUUCCAGUGAGAUUGUCUUGUGUGAUGUCACAAACCGCCCCAUGUAAAAUGUAAAGAAGUGCGAAUUACAACAAACCUACUGCAGUAACAUAUAAGUCAAGGUGAUACACGAGAAUUACUCAGUCAUAGAAUUACAAUCCUUGGAAAUGGUGCUCAGUUUAGCGAAACACUUGACAAACAAAUUUCUUUUACACAGUUGUGUCUAAGAAUAAUUCAAAUUUUCAAUUAUUCAGUUAUUUGUAGGAAAAGGUGGAAAACAUGGAGCUUACCAAAAAGGUCACGCUUCUAGUGCUACUAUCGGUAGCUGUGUGCAUCGAAAGUGCUGCCAUCGCAGAAAAUAAAACAUAUUUACUCAACGCGGAACCGAAAUUCGACGCUCCAAAACACAAAAGUGCUAAUCAAUGGAACAAUCCUUCAAGCAGUUCACCAGUUGUCCCACAGUCCUUGAUUGAGUUACAACGCCGACCAUCAUCCGAACAAUCGAAACGUGUGAAACGAGCCAUCAUUUUCCGACCCUUGUUCGUCUACCGUCAACAACAAAUCAAAAAACAACGUCUAAGGGAGAUGCGAGAACAACGGAGACAACAGCAAAUCGCCACCCAACAAUCAUCAGCAACGCAAAAGCCUAAAUAUGCUUUUAGAUAUCCUUACUAUUACAGCUACACGGGAUAGUGUGCUUUACUUGUGCAACGCUAUUUAUAAUUUUAGAACGGAAUUCCCACUUCCCAGCCCCCUUCUUUGAAAUUAUAAUCCAAAACAGGGAAUAUGAUUAACAUAAUGCUAGAAAAUAUUUACGCGCUCUCCAAACGAUCACGAUAUGACCCGAUGAAAAUUGAGUCGCAGUGUUCCAAUUCUAAGUUAAGAAGUUAUAGAAGAUGACACCGAUAUCAUAAGUAGCAGAUAACGCCCCAUCGAGAUGAAGAGGAAGAGCAAUUAGUCAUGACGUCAUAACUCUAGUUAGCGCACUGGCGUGAAUUGGUUUAGAAUCGCGCGAUUGACAUAGGUAUCUUAUGAGCAGCAGAAUUCAUAAACAGAAAAAGCGUGAAGAAGCGACGAAGAGUGUGAUAAAAACUUACU